UUCAACAUCUGUGUCCUGUUGCGACUGACAGAUCACAUGAAGCUUUCUGCUGCUUUCUUCCUCCUUUCUCUUCUUCUGCUAGCAAGUGUAAGCCAUGCAAGGAAGGAGAAAGGGGAGUACUGGAAAAAGGUAAUGAAAGAUGAAGCAAUUCCAGAGAUGCUGAAAGAGCUGUUGUUUGAUGAUGAUUCAUUGGUGAGCAGCGACGCCCAAAGCGAGCACUUCAUGAACAACUUUGAUACCCAUCCAAAUGCUAUCAUAUAUCACUCUCAUGGCGCCACUCAUGACCAUCCUGGCCACAAAACCAAGCCCUCAGCCCCAUGAUCAUCAUAUCAUCCUGUCCACCAUGACUUGUGUCAAGGGGCUUCAUGUUUAGUUUGUGUAUAUUAUUAUACAUCUAUUGUGCUCUCGAAUUGAUAUGGGUUUCUCUCGAUCUUUGAUCUCUUCUUGUUUGUUAUAUGAUAUAUUAAUACUAUUUCGGGUUUUGUGUGUUUAA